GUGUGUGUGCGUGCAAACACCCUUUCCUCAAGGCCUGUCGCAUCAAAUAGGGCAGGGGUACCACUUGUGUUGCUUUAAAGGGGAAAAACUUCAGACUUGUUAAUAUUUGAAAUCUAGAAAUAGGAACAGUUGGGGAGAAAAAAGGCGGGGAGUCAUUGUUGAACUUACUCAAUGAACUCCGUUUGAAAUCUCUGGAACUGAAAGAAAUUUUUGGUAGCUAUGCAGAGGAUUAACCAUUGUAUGCUAAAACAAUUCUGACUGUCCCAAAUGGGGAAAUCAGUAUGUUAUGGGGAUGAAAUUCUACCACAUGAGUCUGACACUGUGAUGUUGAGCUGAUAUAUUCCUUUGCAGCAUCCUUGCAUACCAUGUGACAAUGGGUCUUGGCCCCUGAAUAAUGUGAUACAAUGUGCCAAUGCUACACAGGCCCAAAGCUGAUAUUGGAAUUUGUGAUUGUCUCAAAAGCAGCACUUAUAUGUGGGGUUACCCAAUCAGAAAAUCUAAUCCACUAUUUGUGGGGCUAUUACCCUGUCUCUGGGUCCUUAUGUCACAUGCAGAUUUCUGUUACUUGGUACAUAUAACUUUUAACAGUGAGGGUGAUUUUACCAUUGGAACAACUUACAGAGGGAUGUGGUAGAUUCUCCAUCACUUGAAGAUUUAAAACAAGAUGGAAUAGCUUUCUAAAAACCUGCUGUACCUCAGACACAAGAUAAGGGUUGGAUGCAGGAAUUACUGGGUGAAAUUCUAUGGUCUUGUUAUGCAGGAGUUAUCAGAGGUUGGUGAGCACUUCCCUUCAGUGCCAAAGGUUCCACACUGCAGCAGGAUGUCUAAAGAGCAAAACUGGGGCAGAGCACCGCUGGCUGGAGCGGCAUCUUAAGGAUCCAUUUGUGAGGGCAACAAAACAACAUAAUUAUCGUUGCCGGAGUGCUUUCAAACUGCUGGAGAUAGAUGACAAACAUAAGGUUCUUCGUCCAGGGCUCUCUGUGAUAGACUGCGGGGCAGCUCCUGGAGCUUGGAGUCAGGUUGCGGUACAGCGAGUCAAUGCUUUGGGCACUGAUCCUAACGCCCCUGUUGGUUUUGUCCUUGGAGUUGACCUUCUUCAUAUUUCCCCUCUGGAAGGAGCAGUCUUCCUUCCCAAUGCUGAUAUUACAGAUCCAGUCACGCUUAAGAAGAUCCAGGAGCUGCUUCCUACAGAGAGGGCAGACGUUAUCUUGAGUGACAUGGCACCUAAUGCCACAGGGAUCCGAGAGCUAGAUCAUCAGAAGUUGAUUAACUUGUGCUUGACCCUUUUGGAUCUGUCCCAAAGUAUCUUGCGGCCAAGGGGAACCAUCCUCUGUAAAUUCUGGGAUGGACGGGAAGCCCAUCUUCUCCAAAACAGACUAAUGGAGCACUUCCAAGAUGUGCGAACUAUAAAGCCUCAGUCCAGCCGGAAAGAGUCAGCAGAGAUCUAUUACUUGGCAAAACUAUACAAUGAUGGAGUGAAACAUCAGAAACACUGAUGAUUGUGUCUGCCAUUAUUGCAGUGGUUGUCAGUCACUGACUGGAUACUUUGAUUUGAAGUGUAUUUAAAAAAAAAAAAAAUUCCAGCAUUGAGACUCUGAAAUUGAAUUGCUUUAUUUUUAAGCCUAAUUUGGUGAAAUCUGUCAUUUAUAUAACACCAUAGGUGUUCAUCAUGGUUUAUAGAUACAAAAUAAAACAAGGUUGUUGCCUCACUGAGUUUAUAAUCUAAUUAGGCAAGUAAGGACAUCCAGUCUAACUCCCCACCUGGGAAGAAAGCUCUUGGAAAUGUAUAUAAAACCUGCCUGUGGGGGAUGGAAACAAAAAUAAAACACUAGUUAUA